AUGAAAACACCACCAUGGAUUUCAACCACACAUGGGGCUAUUUUCAUGUCUCCAAGAUAUGGUAGGAAUUCAUUUGGUGCUUUUGGUGGCGGCGGUGGUGGGGGUGGUGGUGCGGGUGGCGGCGGUGGUCUACAUGAAUUUUACAAUGCAUCUCAGAACAUGACGGCAAUGGAUGUUAUGCGACAGUAUAAGGAGUUGGAGGAUGAUGUUAGUAGUAUCGAAGCAGGGUUUUAUCUAAAAUAUGGGUAUAACAGUAACACUUCUCCUUUCACUUUAGAAUGGGGAAACAACAAUAAGGUUGAUGGGUUUCUCUCACCGCCGCCAUAUGGUGCCCGAGGGAAAAGAUCAUAUAUCGUCGUCGUGGCUGUGGUGGCCGCUGGUUGGCCUCUAGAACAAGAAAGGAAAAAGGGUGUUCCUUAG